ACUAUCGUUUAAGUAUAUAUUCACAAAGAAGACUGGGUUAAACAGGAGAAGUAAAUCAAUUUCAUUUCAGCUAGCGAUAGAAGACCGAAGCUCGUGAUGGCCUUAAACAACGGACUCAGAUCUGCUUCCAAGCUCAUCUCAUCAACCCAAUCCUCAAUUCUCCCCAAAUCAGUGAAUAGAAGCUUCCAUGCAACAAGCGUAAAGAGAAUGGGAGGACAUGGACACGAUGAACCAUUCUACAUGCAUUCAAAGCACAUGUAUAACUUGGACAUGAUGAAACAUCAAGCAUUAAAGAUGAGUCUUGGCGUGUUCACUGCCUUCAGCAUUGGUGUUGGAGUGCCAAUCUAUGCUGUGAUCUUUCAGCAGAAGAAGACUGCCUCUGGUUAACUCAUCUUAUCAUUUUGGCUUCAGCUUUAAUAACAUACCAUUUUGAAUGCCUUGGAUGGAAAGUAGGAUUUAUAUAUUGAUUGAAUUUUCAGUAUUUGCUACUUUACUUGAAUGACUAGUGCUUUGUUUAUCUCUGCGAUCCAACUCAGAGAAGAAGUUCAUAUUGCUUUUGUUUUAAAAUAAUAUUUCUCGGCUGCUUGUGUUUUGAUUA